GGAUCUAUUUAAAUAUAAUUAGAUUGAUCUUGACUUGCUUCAGUUUUCAUAAUUCCUUGAAGUUUUAAUUUGAUGAACACUGUGCUUGCGUGUUGAAGUCUGGCGGAACCUUGCAAAAGUUUAUUUUUAUAUAAACUGCUUAGUUAUUCGAUAUAAGUGGGGUCAGUUAUCAGAAUAAUCAGCGUCGAGCUUACAUAAACAUUACAACGAUGUCUAACAAUCGCAAUAAAUAUGAGAAAGCUCGAAGACGUUUAUCUGCUGUGACAUUUUUAUCAAAUAUAUCAUUAGAUGGGAAGAUGAGAGACCCGGAGUUGGUUCAUGUAGUUGAAAAAACCCCCAAAAAAGACAAAAUAGAAUCGGCUUCAAAAGCAAUUGAUAUUGUUAAAGAUACUGCUUUACGAAACAGUGUCCGACACAAGAAUAAAGGGUCAAAUUCAAGCCCAGUCCACCGUAUUGGCGCCGACAAUCAUUCUGUUAGCUCAGAUUCAGAACACACCAACACUAUAACACCUGUAAAGGGUAUAAAUACUUCUUUCAUCAGGGAAAGAUGUUCUUCGGGAACAACAGAAUCAUUUAAGGAAAAGCAUGGCUCAUCUAGAUCUAGGAAAACUCACCUUGUUACCCUCACUGGUUCUAAUGCAGAUGAAAAGAGCAGUUCAGAAAGCCUUAACUUUGGCAAGUUUAGAACCAGUAACACUUGUAUCCCAGAACAUCAUGCAUUAACAAAAGAGGUCCGCAUGGUAAGACCAACUAAAGGAGUUUCAUUCAGGGAUGAGAGACUAGCAAUAGCACCAGGACAGGGUGCCCCUUGUGUUAUAUUCAGCACUAUACCAUACUCUAAGACUGUUCGCAAUGCACGUUCUGAUCUAAGAAAGGAUGGUGUUAGGAGGAGAAACACCUCAGGGCCAAGACCACUCUCAUCCAUUACCGACAAUGGUAUGGAUCCCUUUGACCUUCUUGGUUUGGAGAAGGAAGAAAACGGUCAGGAAAUAUCAUACUCAAAGCUGUUGGUGCCUUCAAAAGUAUGUACUAGGGAGCAGUAUAAAAAAAUGUAUGAAGGUGAUUUCACUGAGAAGGCUAAUUGGAAAAUAGUAAACAGACAUCCCCAUGUGAUAGCCAGGACUAAGUUAUUGACGAGGCACAAGGAUAAAAAAUGGUGUUUUUCUUAUGAAUCAUCUCAGAGGACUGCAAUUCCAUCAUCUCCACCACACUCUUCAGUUGAUAUGAAAACAUUUGACUGGGAUGAAGGGACGUUACUCUCGCAAAAAUAUGUUCAAUACUGCCCCAAUGUGCUAGAUGACCCAGAGCUCAUAGCUGGCAAGCACAGAACACUUCUGACGUUCACAUCCUACAUGACGUCUAUCAUUGACUAUGUGCGGCCACAAGACCUCAAAAAGGAACUAAAUGAUAAGUUCAGAGAGAAGUUCCCUCAUAUAAAAUUGACUCUCAGUAAAUUAAGAAGCAUCAAGAAAGAAAUGCGUAAGAUUGCUAAACACGACAGUGGUGGAGUUGAUUUACUGUCAGUCGCCCAGGCAUAUGUUUACUUUGAGAAAUUGAUUCUUGCAAAUCUCAUUAACAAAGACAAUAGGAAAUUAUGUGCUGGAGCGUGUUUACUGUUGUCUGCGAAACUCAAUGACGUGAAAGGAGAAGCUUUGAAGUCGCUUAUAGAGCGCAUCGAAACCACGUUCAGAGUAAAUAGGAAAGAUUUGUUGCGGUUCGAAUUCGCAGUACUAGUGGCUUUGGAGUUUGGCUUGCACGUACCUCCCUAUGAGGUGUUCCCGCACUACCAGAGACUGCUCCACGACUCGUGACCUUGGCGCAGACUGGCCUUCGAGCCAUGUAUACGGGUGUGUCACAGAAGACGUGCCACCAUCGUAGACAAUCUAAGAGCUAGUGCCUGGAUGUAAAGUGUUCAUUGAUAUUAGAACAAUGUUAAAAACAUUGUGGGUAUUUAAGAAGUGAGCUGUUAAAUAAAUAUUAGACGAAUCAUUACUCAUAAUAUCGUUAUAAUGAAAGUACGACUUCCUUUCUCACAGAGUAUGUAAACGCGGCGACCUAAAGGCGAAAUAACAGACAAAAAUUGAAAAGUAGCUUGAUGUAGAAAGUCUCUUAACCUAAAGGGACUCUAACUUAGAUUGUAAGCUAUCUACAUUGUGGAGUUUCAACUUGAAGCAGCUAAGAUGUAUCUUUGCUAAUAUUUUGUACAGCUUAGUGUUUAUGUAAUUUGUAGAAAGUAGACACAUUAAUUAACUUGGUAAUUAGAAUUAUUUCACUUAAUAUUACAUCGAAAUUACACCUAGGCAUGAGAUGGUCUACUAGAAUACAGGUUCAUUGAAAUCUUUUAGGUACAUAUGUUGUCAUAGUUUGUAAGAUGUAAGUAGUUCAAAUUCAAACAAAAUAUAUUGAUUACGCUAGCUAUUAUAUCCUGUGAAUAAAAAUAUUUUAUUAAUAUUUUAGAAGUAUUUAUGAAUUAAAUAUUUUUUUUCAAAUAUUCCUAUUAUGCAACGACACUAUGUGCUCCUCCUAAUUGACUAGUCACGGCAUCGUAAUGCUCAAGCAUACGUUGUAAUGUAGUAUAUAAUGUAAUAUUAAUUAGCUCAUCGGCCCCAAUAUACAUACAUAAUAAUAAUAACAUUGAAAAUUAUAAGCCUGUUGUUAUAUUACGAAACAAAUUGAUAAUAUUUAUUCGACACUGAAAGUGUGAAGUUGUGUUGUUAAUUGAAUAAUCAUGAUUAGUUGCAUAUUCGCCGGAUAAUGUUGCUCAAUCAACUGUUAUGUAAACAUUAGCUUACUGUAAAUGCAGUAUUAAAUAAACAAAUAGGUUAACAGAAAAUAUUGAUUAUCUUGCGAUGCCCAGGCGCUGCUUCAAAUUCUUAGAGUCGGCGCUCUUUACCAGCAUAGCACGACAGAUUGUGAUGCGGUAUCCCGACAUUCUGCUGAGAGCAAGUUGCAAGUUACAACCUUAUUUCAACUAGCUUAGCAAUCAUAAUUCCCCAAUGCAAGGCAUCCGUUACCUUGCGAAAUGCAAUGUGGUAUCGAAAUGAAGUAACGUGAACUCUAAAGUCAUUGAAAUAAGAUUGAAAAUAACUUGACUAGUAAUAAAAUCCAUUGCCAUACCGUGCCGUGCCGGCAGUGAGCACUGGCCCUUAUUGUACAUAUUUGAUCCUAUCUCUAGCAUCAACACCUCGCUAACUUAAGUAAAUAUUAUAAUGUAAUAAAUUGUAUUAUAGCCAAAUGAUGCAGCUGUGAUAUGAACACAUGUAUUUAUCUAUCUAAAUAAGCUAAGCUAAGUAAGUAAGUUGUCACAUCGGAAGUUAUUUAUUUUCGUUACAUUUGAGCUAGAGUGCGAAACACAUAGGUGUAAGUGUUAUUUUUAUUAUUAAGUACCUAAAUGGUGUGCAAUCUAAUGUUUGUUUUUAAUAAAUUCUUGAAAAAUGA